UUCAUUUUCAUUAAUCAUUAAUAAAUGAUAUUAUUUGAAAUAGUAAUUUAUUAGUAUUGAGUGUUGUGGUUCCAUUCGUCAAUUAUUAUUUCUAUCGAGAAUCUGAUCGAGUAUAAUGUUAAAUACUUUAUAGUGGAUCAAUUUCUCUUAAGGAUUAAUUCACUGCCGCUCACGAUAACGUGAUGGCCGAACUUCCUGAUUGGUUUACAUCCAUACCUUAUUUCACCAAACGAUGGCUCGCUCUGACUGCUAUUUUGACUUUGGCUGGGCGGUUUGGCAUUCUGAAUCCUUUCAACUUUAUGUUGUUUUAUGAACCAUUUAUCAAAAAAUUUGAGAUUUGGAGAGCAGCUACUGCUUUGUUAAUGUACCCAUUAUCACCUGGAAAUGGAUUUCAUUUCUUAGUCAAUUGUUAUUUUCUAUAUAGUUAUUCAAUAAGAUUGGAAACGGACUCAUUUAGUGGAAGACCUGCUGAUUACUUUUUCUUACUUAUAUUUAAUUGGAUAUGUUGUGUCAUUAUUGGACUCCUGGCAAAUAUACCGGUUCUUAUGGAUCCUAUGGUAUUAAGUAUAUUAUAUGUGUGGUGCCAACUAAACAAAGAUGUAAUUGUUAGUUUUUGGUUUGGAACCCGUUUCAAAGCCAUGUAUUUACCAUGGGUAUUAUUUGGAUUCAACUUGAUCAUAUCUGGAGGAGGACUUCAGGAAUUAGUCGGUAUUAUUGUGGGCCAUAUAUAUUUUUUCCUUAUGUUCAAAUACCCACAAGAAAUGGGCGGACCACAGCUUAUACAAACACCUCAAAUAUUUUACAAAUUUUUUCCUAAUCAAAGAACAGUUCAUGGUUUUGGUCAACCACCAACUAGAGCAGCACCAACUGCAGCCCCACCGGCAGGAAACCAACAACAAGGUGAGGGUGGAUUAAACUUUCGUCGUCACGAUUGGGGCAGAGGUUAUGUUCUCGGACAACAACAAUAA